GUGUGUUCAUGAGGGCAGACAGACAAUCCCAGUAUCAACGGCUUACUGGCAGCGUUAUCUGUUUGGUCCCUUGAGAGCAGUUUAUUCCUCCUCUGGAAAUUUCCUUGGUCCCAUUUGCAGGGAUGGAGAUCAGUACAUGCACUGAGGGCCAGGCACCUGGACAACCUCCAAAGAGAAGUAUCUUCAGAGUCCAGACCUCACCGAGGAAGCAAUCGGAGUUGCUCCUGAGGCGGCGGAGAAAGAUCAGCCAUGCAUGUGUUAAAGGCAAAGGACAGCUCAAGCUCUCCAUCAACACACAAGGCAGGGACCUUAUGCUGUAUGUUAUGGAAGCCAAAGGCCUGAUGGGGAAAGAAUACCGGAUUUGCGACUCCUUUGUUAAGAUGUCUAUCGUACCAGACACGGAUCGGAGGUGCAGGCAAAAGACCAAGACCGUUCCGGACAAUAAAAACCCAGUCUUCCAUGAGCACUUUCUCUUCCCUUUGCAAGAGGAAGAUGAGAGAAAGCGUCUGCUGAUCACCACUUGGAACCAACCAAGGCAUUCCAGGCAAAGUGAACUUAUCGGGUGCAUGAGCUUUGGCGUGAAGACCCUGCUGAGCCCAGACAAGGAGGUCAGCGGCUGGUACUACCUACUGGGAGAAGACCUGGGCAGGACGAAACACCUGAAGGUGGCAGCCCGACGGUUGAAGCAGAGUGGAGAGCUGAUGUUGACCCAGCCAGCCCCACUGCUGGGGAGCCAGCAGAACGAGAAUGCGGAACAGCUCAAGAUUACGAUCCCACGAGGAAAGAAUGGUUUUGGGUUCACCAUCUGCUGUGACUCACCUGUCCGGGUGCAGGCUGUGGAUUCUGGUGGCCCUGCAGAGAAGGCCGGCUUGCAACAACUAGACACUGUCCUUCAACUCAAUGAGCAACCGGUUGAGCACUGGAAAUGUGUGGAGCUGGCACACGAGAUCAGGAACUGUUCCCGGGAGAUCAUAUUGCUGGUCUGGCGCAUUGUCCCUCAAGUUAAACCUGGCCUAGAAGCCGUCAUCCGCCGCUCCUCUUGCAAAUCAACAUAUGACUUGCAGUCCCCACCCAACAAACGGGAGAAGAACAGCUUGCUGCGGCCGCGUCUCCCUGAGCAUCGCCAGAGCUGCCACGUCGUAUAUGAUGGGAACGAGGGGCUGGUGCUGAACGGCUGGGAGCGCUACACAGAGCUUGGAAAAGCCACCCAGCGAACUAUGCCCCCACUUUCCCGGCCCCCUUCUACUGGUGGGGACAAGAACUACAUCAUUCUGGCACCCCUCAAUCCAGGAAGCCAGCUCCUGAGGCCCGUCUACCAGGAGGGCAAAGCUGCCGAAGGCAAUGCGUGUAAAGGAGGGACUCAUGGCAAGAAAUCCCGGCUCAUGAAGACAGUGCAGACCAUCAAAGGCCAUGGCAGCAACUCCCAGAACUGCACUCUGGUGAGGCCCAACAUUCCUCACUCCAGUUACGGCACGUACGUGACGCUGGCUCCGAAAGUGCUGGUCUUCCCCAUCUUUGUUCAGCCUCUUGACCUUUGCAAUCCAGCUCGAACGCUGGUUUUGUCAGAAGAGCUGCUGCUUCACGAGACCAGAAACAAGCCUACGAAGGUGACACUCUUCAUCUAUUCCGACUUGCUGCUGUUCACCAAAGAAGAUGAACCAGGCCGCUGCAACGUUCUCCGAAACCCCCUUUACCUGCACGAUGUCAGACUGCAAGAGGAUUCCCCAGAGGAUCUAAAGUUCUGCAUCCUCUACCUAGCUGAGAAGCUGGAGUGCCUGCUGAGCUUGCAGGCUCACUCCCAUGAGCAGAAGAAGAGAGUCUGCUGGUGCCUGGCUGACAACAUCUCGAAGCAGCAGAUGACAACCCCGACAGCCCCUCCUGCAGAGAGCAAGAUGUUUGAGCCUGAGUCCGAGAAACCAGGGGCCAUGCCCUCUGUGGGGGAAGACACGCCCAGCCCUGUUGCCCACCCCUUGAAAGGAGACUUGGCAGAGGGAAUGCCAGAGGAGACUCCGAAGGAGGUCCAGGAUGCCCCUACGGAAAGGGACAAAGAGACAAGCCUCGUGGAGCCCCAGGAGGAGGCAGAGCCUUGCAGUCACCCUGCAGUCUUCAUGGUCCCUAAGUUGCAACUGGACUGCACCUUCAGCCAAGGCACAGAGGGCAUGGCCACUUUGGAGCUUGAAAACUCAGAGGAUGAUGAAGAAGAGGAGGAGGAAGAGGAAGAGGAGGAGGAAGAGGAAGAAGAGGGAAACGAUGAGGCCUACUUGUGCCGGAGGGAUGCUAAGCGCGCCAGCAUGAUUGACACCUUGCAGUGUGAGACGGCCUGCCGCCUCAGCGUGCAGAAUUCCCUGCGGCGCCGCACCCACAGCGAAGGCAGCCUGCUGCACGAGCCCCGGGGCAGCCACUGCUUCAGCUCCGACACCAGUCUGAAUUAUGCUGAGGGGGAGAGCCCCACUGCCAGCUGGACGCUGCCAUCCCCCAAGACACUCAAAAAAGAGCUCACGGAGAAUGGGGGCUCCAUUCACCAGUUCGGCCUGCUCUUUGCUGGACAGCGGAAGCAGCAGCAUUUGCUGGACCCUGGUUGUGUCUGCACCCGAGAAGCCAUGGCCGUCUGCAAAAGGAUGAACAUGAACCUGGCCAAAGAUAUGAAGAACCGUUUGGGGAUCUUCCGACGGCGGAACGAAUCACCCGGAGGUCACCCCCUGAGCAAACUGGACAAAGUCCCGAAGUCUCUGAAGCCAACUCUGGAAGAAGCCCUCAAAUGGGGAGAAUCUUUGGAAAAGCUGCUUCAACAUAAAUAUGGUUUGGCGGCGUUUCGCGCCUUCUUGCGCACGGAGUUCAGUGAGGAGAAUCUGGAGUUCUGGCUGGCAUGUGAGGACUUCAAGAAGAUCAAGUCUCAGUCCAAGAUGGUGUCAAAAGCCAAGAAGAUCUUCGCAGAAUACAUUGCUAUCCAGUCUUGCAAAGAAGUUAACCUAGAUUCCUAUACCCGGGAGCACACCAAAGAAAACAUGCAAAACAUCACCCGGAGCUGUUUCGACCUUGCCCAGAGACGUAUCUUUGGGCUGAUGGAGAAGGACUCAUACCCCCGCUUCCUACGUGCAGAGCUGUACUUGGACCUCAUUAACCAGAAGAAGCCCAGCCCUGUGUUGUAGAUGAGAGGGGGGCCUACUUCUCCAGGAAGACUGCGUGGGAGGUGUUUGUUUACAUAUGAGUGGCGGCUGCCAUUUGGUAGGGGACGGCCUGGACAUGGAAGCCACAUCUGCCCUCUGGAACGGGCCCGGGGCUGGAGAGCUAAGUAGUCGGGCACCAUCCCAUCCUAGGAACUGCUUUUGUCCCCCGCUCUGGUACGACGACGUCCUAGCAAACAGGACUAAGGGUCCGCGAUCCCACCAGACCACUGUGAAAUUCAACGCUGUCUUUCCCCUCCUACACCCUGCAGAUGGCUCGGGCGUUGGGAUCCCAGGUGGCUCUCAUGGGCAGGUGGGCAACGUUGCCUUCCCAGAGGACUCGUAUCUCAUGGGGAUUCAGCGUAGAUGAAGAUGGGGAAAGAUCAGCGCUUCAGUAUCUCUGCUCUGGAGAAGAACCCUUGCUUGUGUGACAGAUGAACUGCUUUUCUCUCCCCUGCUCCCCCCACAUCAAUUUUCUCUAGGGUUAUUUAUUGAACUAUACUAGCCAAAUACACAGCCAGUUGUAUCUUGGAGAACUUCUCAAGUUCCUGAGUUUUUCCCCCUUCCUUUUUUAAAAUUUAAGUGCAAUAUUUUUUGUUUUUUGUUUAUUUCUGUCCUGGUUGGCGGGGGGGGGGGGGACGCAGUGGAAUGGAUGUGGAUUUUGGGUGUGUUCAUCGUCUUUUGUUUUUAUCUGUCUUGAGACAUCCCUGUGUGUUCCACCCCAGCAGCAGGCAGCUGGGGGAGAUCGUCCAAUUGGGGGUGGGGGGGGGGGGGGGAGAGAUGCAGCAUAUCACUGUGGUGGCAAACUUUGUAUAGAUAAAGCCAGCUGUAUAUAUCUCUGCGCUGUGUCAGUCAGGUUGGGAGACAGUGUGUGAGAAAACUGUGUGUGUGAGUGUGUACCUGCUCAGUAGUGUUUGGCCCAGAAGGACUCUUUAUCUGUUCUUCCUCUAAAGAGUCUGCCAGACAGCCUCUUGGCCAAGUGCCUGGUUUACAAUUCAGAACCAUCUCUGCAGUUAGUCAAAGCUCUCUUUUUUGGGGGAUGUCAUGGUUAUUUAGGAUAAAUAAAGAGACCAUAGAACUUC